UGCACUCCUCUGACAAAGCUUAAUUUCAUCUCUCUGUUUGUACGUACCGCUCUGCUGCCCACGCCAAACACAAUGGAGGCAAAAGCGCGCCAUCACCUCGCUGCCAUCUCUUCUUCUCUCCGCUGAAAAUCCCUAAACUCCAAAGCUCCCCCUCCCCCCUCUCCGCCGGAACCGCAAGCCGCUCUCGUGCUUCCGCUCGUCACAAGAAGCAUACAGAGCUUGAAAUUUUCAUGAACAUAUGAUUUGGGUUGGUAUUGGUAGUUAUGCCGUUUCUUCGCUCGUGGUUAGUUAAGAUCGAAGAUCCUUUGCAUCGGGUUGAUAUGGAAGGGCAGAGUAGCCUCACCAACCCCAUACAAAUGCUGUCAUUGGGUUUCCGUGGGAAUGCUGUGGAUGAUGUCUCCGAGGCACUGGGAUACGAUCUGAACCAACAGAUUAUGAUGGAGGCUGGAAGGACUGCAGACCAAACUGAUGUUCUUUCUUUACCUUGGUGGAUUCAACCCGAAAAGCCAUCCCACAAUUACGUUGAGUGUCUAGCUGAGAGUUCAGCAUUUGUCCCAAGGUCUCCUUGUGAAGAUAUGUGGGAAAGCAUUCCUUCAUCUGUUGCUAGCAUACAUGAUGUUGGCAGGGUCUCUGAAUUCCAACGAGAUGGGUUGUACAGUGGUCUGGGCAAUGCUUGUGGUUCUAAAUCAACUGAUUUCUCUAGGGACAUGGACUCUUCAAAGAUGAAACUUCUGAGCCUACAUAAUGAAGAACUAGUGAAUACUCAACAUCAGCUUCCUGUGCAGUAUCAUACUUCAAGGACAGAUAAUCCAAAUUGGGAUAGCUAUGAUAGUGUUUCUCAAGUUGAUCCAAGAGCAACAAUUGACACACCUGGUUAUCCUUCCCAGCCACAUCACAGUGUUUCGAAGCAGAGAACUUUUUCAUCUGAAUAUAAUCGCAGGAUGCGAAUCGGUGAAAGGCUCAGUGCAUUGCAAGAACUGCUUCCAGAACCUGCAGAGGGUCGUCAAGUAUGUGUACUGGAUGAUGUAAUUGACCAAAUCAAGUUUUUGAAGCUUCAGAUAAAGGAUUUAAGUAGAAGCAGAUUGGGAGGUGAACCGAUUGCUGAACCUAUCAUUUUCCACGAGGGAUAUGGUCACUACUUUUGCCACCAGCAGAUGCUGAAUGAACCUCUCGAAGAAAUGAUCGGAAAAUUACUGGAGGUAGAUGUACUGGCAGCAAGCGAGCUGUUGGAGAAGAAAGGUCUUGUGCUGCUGCCAAUGGAAUACUCCGAAGAUUCAGCUUGAGUUAGAUACUUUGCACACUACAUAAAUAUCAUGUUUAAUGUUGCUCUUUUGUUGAAUUUCAUGAGAUUUCAUCAAAAUAUGAAUUGUGACUUGCCGCACAAGAUUCUCGAUGUGAACACUUGCAAAUUGCGACGAGUUUGGCAAGCUUGGAGAAUCUUGUUCUUUCUGUGUAGCAACUAGUAAAUCUUCUAACAAAUUCACUUUUGGGGAUUUCUCGUCA